CAGGUUCACAGAUGGAUGUGUUGUAAUUUUUGCCGUGUGCUCUACGUAAGCACAUAGUUUUACGUGUGACAUAGCAGACGACGAACUUCAUUUUCUACUUGGAAGUCGCAAGACAUUACCAAGUAAAACUGGAGCAUCUACAAGGAAACAGGUUUUUCUAGGACGGAUUUUCUGUUUUUACAGUACAUGUUGCUGUAACGACUUGGCACGACACAGGACAAUCCCAAAAUGCAGCAACCAGUGAUGGAAGAGGGCGUCGCGGCGGCCUACGACAGCCCCAUCAGCAACCAAUUGAACAUCUCGAUACCGCUGGAGCCCCACGCGCUCGACUCGAUGGCCGAGCCGCAGCCGGCGGCCGCCCCACCCACCUACGAUGACCUAUUCCCGGCCCUGCCCGAGUCCAACCUGCCCAAACCGGCCAACAGCAUCGGCCAAUGGGGUAACCACAAGAUGAGAGUCAGCUCGUCCGUGAUCACGCAAGUGUUCCGGGUGCCGAUCGAGGAACGCAAACUGGAUGGCAGCCAGAAAUUCGGCGAGGGCGAGAGCAUACAGACAUGCGGCAACAUCAUGAAAGAAACGGGAGCCCACAUCGAGAUCUCCCACGCCAAGGACCAGUCCCUCACCUUCUUGAUCACCGGUAAACAGAACGAGGUGCUGGAGGCCCGCAGGAAGAUCCUGCAGCACUUCCAAACGCAAGCCAGCAAGCAGAUACAGAUCCCCAAGGAGCAUCACAAGUGGAUCUUAGGCAAGAAGGGUGACAGGCUCAAGGAACUGGAAAAGCAGACGGCCACCAAGAUUUCGGUGCCCGCCAUGAACGAUAAUUCCGACAUUAUCACCAUUACUGGCACCAAGGAAAACAUUGAGAAGGCCGAACACGAGAUCAAGAACACGUCGGACGUACAAUCGAAGAAAGCCUCCGAACGCAUCAGCGUUCCCAAAAUCUAUCAUCCCUUCAUCGUCGGUCCGAACGGUGCCACUCUUGCCAAGAUGAUCGAAGAGACUGGCGCCAGGGUGAACGUGCCCCCGCCCUCCGUCAUGAAAGACGAAAUCAUAAUCGCCGGCGAAAAGGAAGGCGUGAUGGCCGCCAAGGCUCAAGUCGAGGCGAUCUACAAGCAAAUGGAGAAGAAGUGCACCACUGUCUCCGUGGAAGUGCCGAAAUCUCAGCACAAGUACGUCAUCGGACCGAAAGGUUCGACGAUCGCCGAAAUCUUGCAGAACACCGGCGUUAGCGUCGAAAUGCCGUCCAGCGAUUCAGCAACCGGAACCAUCACUCUUCGUGGACCGCACGAUAAACUCGGUCUGGCCCUUAGUUGCGUCUACGAAAAGGCCAACUCCGUGCGCUCCAGCGAUGUGUAUGCUCCGUCCUGGAUCCACAAAUACAUCAUCGGUCGCAAAGGUCAGAGCAUCAAGGAGAUCACCCAAAACUUGCCUAAAGUUCACGUCGAGUUCACCGACAAGGAGGACAAAAUUAAAAUCGAGGGACCACCGGAAGAAGUGGAAAAGGCUCAAGAACAAAUUGAAAACAUGGCCAAAGAUUUGCAAAGGAGGCUCAUCUUCACCGAAAUGCAGGUCGAUCCUAAGCUGUUCAAGCACAUCAUCGGCAAGAACGGCGCCAACGUUAACAGCCUGAAGGAAAAAUUCAACGUGAUCAUUACCAUCGGCGAAAGUGGUUUGGUCAGAAUCGAGGGCGACAAAGAAAGCGUCCACAACACCAAAACCGACUUGGAAGAGAGAAUUUUCAAGCUCGAGAACGAAAAGGAGAAGGACGUGAUCAUCGAACAGCGCCAUUACAGAAGCAUCAUCGGCUCCAAGGGCGAGAACAUCAAAGACAUACGCGAGAAAUUUAAUCAGGUGCAGAUCAUCUUCCCCGGACCUGCCGACAAACACGACAUCGUCAAAGUACGCGGCCCCAAAGAGGACGUGGACAAGUGCUGCAGAUACUUGGAGAAGCUCGUCAAGGAACUGAACGAAUCCUCCUAUCAGAUCGAGGUACCAAUUUACAAGCAAUUCCACAAAUUCAUAAUUGGCAAGGGUGGUGCCAACAUUCGCAAGAUCCGCGAAGAAACCCAAACCAAAAUCGACUUGCCAGCCGAAGGCGACAAAAACGACGUGAUCAUAAUCACUGGCAAGAAGGAGAACGUCCAGGAGGCCAGGGAGAAGAUCAAAAAGAUCCAAGACGAAUUGGAGAACAUUGUGGACGAGGAAAUCACCAUUCCGCCGAAAUACUACAACAGUCUGAUCGGCGCCAAGGGUAAGCUGAUCCAUGCCAUCAUGGAGGAGUGCGGUGGCGUUUCCAUAAAGUUCCCCAGCGCCGACAGCAAGAGCGACAAGGUCACUAUUCGUGGACCCAAAGACGACGUCGACCGUGCCAAACAACAACUGCUCGAUCUCGCCAACGAACGGGAACUUGCCAGUUUCACGGCUGAGGUCCGUGCUAAAGCUCAACAUCAUAGGUUCCUGAUCGGUAAGAACGGAGCCAAUAUUAAAAAAAUCCGUGAUUCUACUGGUGCAAGAAUUGUAUUCCCAUCGAACAACGAUGACGAUAGCGAAAUUAUUACGAUCAUCGGCAAAAAGGAAGCCGUACAAGAGGCCAAGAAGCAGUUGGAAGCGACAAUCAAAGACAUUGACAACAUAAUCGAAAGCGACAUGCAAGUGGAGGCCCGCCACCACAAGCACUUCGUCGCCAGACGCGGUGAAGUCUUGCACCGCAUCAGCGACGAGUGCGGCGGCGUCCUCAUCUCGUUCCCGCGCUCCGGCGUUGAAAGCGACCGCGUCAUCCUGAAGGGCGCCAAAGAAUGCAUCGAGGCGGCGAAACAACGCAUCAACGAGAUCAUCGCCGAUCUCGAAUCGAUGGUGACCAUCGAGUGCAUAAUCGCCCAACGUCACCACCGCACCGUUAUGGGAUCGAAGGGCCACAAGGUGCAGGGCAUCACGUCCGAUUUCGACGUUCAGAUCAAGUUCCCGGACAGGGACAACACCGAGGAGUACACCAAUCACGGUCAGCUCAACGGUGACGUGAACGCCGAACCUGUCAGACAUUGCGAUGUCAUUCGCAUCACCGGCAAGGAGGAGAACUGCAGAAAGGCCAAGCAGGCCCUUCUGGAGCUGGUGCCUGUCACUAUUAAUGUGGAUGUACCGUUUGAGCUGCACCGUUCCAUUAUCGGACAAAAGGGACGUGACGUCAAGGAAUUGAUGGAUCGCUUCGAUGUUCACAUCGUUCUUUCUCCAGCUGAUGUUAAGGAGGACAUAAUUAAGAUCACCGGCAUUGCCAGUAACGUUGAGAAUGCUAAACAAGCAUUGUUGGAGAGGGUCAAGGAGCUGGAAGCCGACAGGAAGGACAGGGAGUUACGCUCAUUUGCCCUGAGAAUUGAGGUCAAUCCCGAGUAUCAUCCCAAGAUUAUUGGCAAGCGUGGCGCCGUCAUCACCAAAAUCAGAAAAGAUCACGACGUUCAAAUCAACUUCCCCAAAAAAGACGAUCCUGAGGAGAACAUUAUUGUAAUCACCGGCUACGAAGAGAAUGCUCACCGUGCCGCCAAAGACAUCCAAAAAAUCGUCGACGACUUGAACGAUUUGACGAAGGAAGAGAUCAUAAUCGAUUCCAGAGUCCACUCAAGACUUAUCGGAGCUCGUGGACGCAACAUCAGGAAGAUCAUGGAGGACUACCACGUCGACAUCAAGUUCCCCCGUCCCGAGGAUUCUAAUCCCGACCUGGUCGUCGUCACCGGCCAAGAAGACAACGUCAUCGAAGCUAAAGACUAUUUGCUCAACAUGGCCGAAGAAUAUUUACAAGAUUGCGAAGAAUUGGAGACUCGCGAGAAACAACACACCCUGACCAGCCACUUCGAACAGAGCGGCGCCAUGUCCGCUCCGGCGCCUCAACAGCCGCGCCAGCGGGGCGAGGGCAACGGCUUCGUCGUGCAGGGCGGACCGUGGGAGCAACGCGCCCCCAACACAGCCAGCAACACGGAGUUCCCGUCGUUCCGUGGCCGCAACAUCGAAGAGACACCGCAGGCCGCCGCGCCCAUCGGGGCUUGGGGCGCGCGCCGCUAAUGCACACGAGACAGCCGCCCGCCUCGUGUGCCGCAUUCGUCGCCCAGAUCGGUUUUGUAGCGCUGAUGUUGAGUUGUUCGUGAUCCACUGUCCUGUUUAUUUUGUUCGUUUGAUUUUGCGUGGUCGACAUCUGCAUAAGCACUGCCAAAUUAAGCGUGGACAGUUGCAAAACGAGAUCUGAGAGACGAGUCCGAGGUUGAGUAAUACUAACCUUAGAUUAAGUAACUACUAUAAAAAAACUAUUUGCAAAGUGUAAGUGCAACCUCUACCCUCACUGUUUGCUGCAUUAAAAAUUUUGAUAUGCCUGGCUAUCGGACACGGACUCGAUAUGGAAUUUUGAAAUAUACCUACAUACGCAAGAAGCAAUUUUCUUUUUUGACGAUAUUAUUAAGUCUUCCCUUCGUGGCAGAUCACGAAUAUCUGCCUAGCGAUGGCUCUAAUAAUUUGUGGAGAUGUUAUGAUAUUGAAUUACUAUUCUCCUAGGUUUAGAUAUUCACCAGUUAACUUGUAUAUCAUCCUAGUACCUUUUAUUAUACUUAAGUAAGAAAACUUGAUUUUAUCCUACACAAUUUUAUUUCGUACGAAAAUUGAUUUUUGUAAUCAUAACUUCUCUGCUAAUUUAUACAAUUUUGAGGUGGUGCAUUGUGCCUUCCUCUUUUUGAUAUGACCGUACUGAACUCUCAAAUAAUACGCAUUACUAUGUUGAAGGCUUUUCCUUUUUAUAAGAGGUGAAGGAUUUUAUAUUAUUGUAUUAUAAUUUUACAUGUUCUUUGUAAUAUUGAAACAAUGAAUCAGACUGAAUAUGCCGCGACGUAACACUCGUUGCAUUACUUAAUAUUCAUUUCAAGUUUGUGAAUUUGAAAUUUUGCUGUUUAUAUAUAAUCUUCUGUAUAUAAUGAUUAUUUAUAUAUGAGUCCUUGCGGUCAAUUUUGUUAGCCCAGGACUAAAACCUGAGGGAGAGAACUAUAUUAAAUUAAAAAACAAAUUAAAUCUA